AUGGCGAUCCCAGUCGCCGCCGCCGCCUCAUCUGCGGGCUACAAUUGCGUGCAUCAUCAGAUACCCAUGGAUUGGGGGAGGAGGGAGGAUAUUCGAGGGGAAAUAAGUUGGAGAUGUUUAGCUUGGUGUGCUGAUCACUAUGCUGAAGUGAUCAUAUCUCCUCGUCGGCUUUAUUUGAGAGCACUUCUCCGGUAUCGAGUGUACUCACCUCACGCACUCGAAGCUGACUCCCCUCCCCUCGCUAUAUGUUACCCCUUUCCAGCAAUCUCGUCAGCGACACCUAAGAUCGAGGUCUUUAGCACGAAGGUACGUACUCUCGCACAAUUUUUUUUUCAACCAUCAGUGGUUUCAAAUUCACGGGUAGGCGCUGGUAGGAAGCGUAUGGUCGGGAGGCCGAAGAGCAUUCGGAGAUCAGGACGGACCUGCCUGUUGAUGCGAGCAGGAACGAGCACUCGCAAGGAGACGCACACGUUUUUGAGGUGGAAUUUGCAACUGAUAUUUGGUGGAGAAAAGGUUCGGCUUCACGUAGAAAAAUGUUGGGGCUUGUGUCGUGUGAAGGCACGUCUGUCUGUUUUCAUUCUUGAAGAAGAUCAAUGGUCAGCUGGUGUGAGAAGGGAAAGUGAUAGAGGAGGUGGUUUCGCAUAUUUUUCGGGAAAUUUAGGAAAAUUGAUUCUGUGUCUUUCGGUACAAUGCUCGCACAUCUACCCGUGUAAAUUCGUAGCGAGAGAUCUCGCAGCUUCUGAAUAA